AUGAAUUCCUCAUCCUCAGAAAAGCUCUGUGGUGAUGCCUUUGGGAACUUGUCACUGGGGAAGACACCUGCAGAGAUAAAGCUUCCACCUCUCACCACAGAUCAAGGCACACUACAUGGGGCCACCCUAUGCCCCAGCAACAGGGAGUACAUGCAGGUCUUCAAGGAAGGUGUGACUGACAUUAUGGUGCUAAACCACACCUCCAUGUCUGAAUUCAUCCUCAUGGGCUUCUCCUCUUUCCCCAACCUUCAGCUGAUUUUCUUCCCACUGUUCCUGCUUAUGUAUCUGUUCACACUGCUGGGGAACCUGCUCAUCAUGGCCACCAUCUGGAGUGAGCACAGCCUACACACACCAAUGUACUUCUUCCUCUGUGCCCUUUCCAUCUCUGAGAUCUUCUACACCUUUGCCAUCAUCCCACGCAUGCUGACUGAUCUGCUCUUCACCCACAGCUCCAUCACCUUUGUGGCUUGCGCCAGUCAGAUGUUCUUCUCCUUCAUGUUUGGUUUCACCCACUCCUUCCUUCUCACUGUCAUGGGCUAUGACCGCUAUGUGGCCAUCUGUCACCCCCUGCGCUACAAUGUGCUCAUGAGCCCCUAUGGCUGUGCCUGUCUGGUGGCCUGGUCCUGGGCUGGUGGCUCAGUCAUUGGUAUGGUGGUGACACUGUCUGUUUUCCACCUGAACUUCUGUGGACCCAAUGUGAUCCACCAUUUCUUUUGCCAUGUGCCACCUUUAUUAAAGUUGGCCUGUGGAAGACAGGUACAGGUGGUUGCUAAAGUCAUGGGCCUGGUGUGCAUCACAGCUCUAUUGGGCUGCUGUUUCCUCAUCCUUCUAUCCUAUGCAUUCAUUGUGGCUACUGUCUUGAAGAUACCAUCAGCUGAGGGGCGGCACAAAGCUUUCUCCACCUGUGCAUCCCACCUUACUGUAGUAGUUGUGCACUAUGGCUUUGCCUCUGUCAUAUACCUCAAGCCCAGUGGUCUUCAGUCUCUGGAAGGAGAUUCCUUGAUGGGCAUAACCUACACAAUUCUCACUCCAUUCCUCAGCCCCAUCAUCUUCAGCCUUAGGAACAAGGAUCUGAAGAUUGCCAUGAAGAAGAGCUUCUUCAACAAACUCUUUCUCCAGAACUCCUAA